UACGCGAGAGUCAGGUGAUCCUGGUUUAUAUGGAACUUCAUUCUUCGAGAUUGGAAAUAGGAGUCGGAAAUUGAAAACAAUUCUCACAUAAUUUCAGUUUUAUAUAGUUACUAGUAAAAUGGUUAGCUUGGACCAUGACAGUACGAGGCAAGGGGGCUAUUUCUUUGAUGGUGAAGGCGGUAACCCUUCAUCAGCUGAUUUUCAGAAUGAUGAUGAGGAACUGAUUCCAAAUAACGGCCUGGCAUCAGAAGAAGCCCCAAAGUUUCGCCCAAUCAGAGCAGUCUGGGCUGCUGUCCUUCAGAUAAUCAUCCUUGUCGCCCAUGAGGUCAUAACCAUUCUUCUGCCGUAUGUCAUCAUCAAGCAAACCUCAGACUUCCAGCGGCAGAGAUCCCAUAGUUUCAUCAUCAUCGUCUAUCUUCAGACUUGUGUCUGGCUCAUUCUGCUCAUGUUUGAGCGCUAUCUUCACUUUGCUCACAGGCAGUCCAUGCGGCAUGGCUAUCUCCAGUUCUAUCGCAAGACGCAGAAAUUGAAAAGGGUUCCGCUCUACAUGAUAUCAAUAGGUAAUGCAGCUAUAUUAGUCCUAUGUGGAUUCUUUAUGGAUAAUUCAUCAGCAACCCAUCUCUGGCCGGUCAUGUAUGCACAGAUCAUUGUAACAGUAGAAGUCAUUCUCGCCCUAGCAGGUCUGAUCAGGUACACGGUGCUCGUGUAUCGCUUCAACCAAACACGAUCUUUACCAGAUGUUGAACAAGAAGAAUUCAAUGCUUCAAUUACCCAGCCAUCAGCUACAAUACCUGAUAUUGGGUAUAGGGACAUGGGCUAUUUGGAAAACUUACUGGAGCGGCAAGCAGACAUGAUUCACUAUCUCAAACUACACACUGCAUAUCUCAGUAAAAAGAUCCUACGGCUGACACGGCUUACACAUCCGUCUGGUGGGAAUGCACUCAACAGUAUGCAAGCCUAGGUGUGCUUACACCAAUAACCUUAUUAAACCUUACCUGUACACUGACUGUAUCUUUGUGAGAAUUGUAUUUAAAGCAUGUUUAGGCUAUUCAUGCAGUCAAAAGGCGAUACUUGUUCGGUAAAUGAUACGUGUAGGCCUUGAGAUGAGCUAUAUUGUAGAAUGUUUUUGAUGCUUCACGUUUACUAUCCUUGCCAUUGCGCAAUUGAUAUGUGGUAAUGAAAUGUAUGUAGGUUUGAUAAUUUGUGCAUGAAUUUUGCGUACAAACUAAUAUGAAGCCAAGAUACGCAUGAAAUAUAGUUAUCAGCAUGGAGCGUGUGGCCCAGUGGAUUAGUCUUCAGACUUUGAAACAGAGGGUCGUGGGUUCAAAUCCCAGCCAUGGCGUAAUU